ACCAGGGAGAGGGAGAAGAGGCAGAACAAUAACACAACCAAAAGACCAGGGAGAGGGAGAAGAGUCAGAACAAUAACACAACCAAAAGACCAGGGAGAGGGAGAAGAGACAGGACAAUAACACAACCAAAAGACCAGGGAGAGGGAGAAGAGUCAGAACAAUAACACAACCAAAAGACCAGGGAGAGGGAGAAGAGUCAGAACAAUAACACAACCAAAAGACCAGGGAGAGGGAGAAGAGACAGAACAAUAACACAACCAAAAGACCAGGGAGAGGGAGAAGAGACAGGACAAUAACACAACCAAAAGACCAGGGAGAGGGAGAAGAGACAGAACAAUAACACAACCAAAAGACCAGGGAGAGGGAGAAGAGACAGGACAAUAACACAACCAAAAGAAGGAAAGGAAGAAAAAAAUAUCAUUACUACGCAAAGUCAGAAAUAAAGAGACCACGCAAAGAAUUCAACAGGAUAUAAACCUGAUCUCGGCUGAAAGGUUCCAUCACAGGUCCUCUGAUCCAUCAGAAAGAAAGAAAGAGAACAACUCCUGAAGGACCAAGAGAGUAAUCCAGUCUGAGACCCAGGUGAUCCAUCCACCUGUCCUCCAGAAUGUGGCUCCAGGUUGCCUUGUGUCUGUCCUGCCUGGUUCUGAGCUCCCAGAGCCAGGACAGAGCCUCCCUGAGACGCUCCAAUGACCACACCGGGCGCUGUCAGUACACCUUCACCGUGGACAACCCUGCCGAGGCGAGCUGCCCCGGGGCCAGCGGAGGACCAGAUAUGGAGGGGGUGAAAUCUCGUCUCACCCUGCUGGAGGCCCUGGUCAGCAGGCUGCUGGGGGGCAAGGGAGCAGGGGGAGAGGGUCCGGGGGCUGGGGGAGACAAGACCAUCCAGGAAGCAUACUCCCAGGCCAUGAGAGAUAAGAGCCAGCUGCAGGGGGACAAGGAGCAGCUGAACAGGCAGCUGCAGGGGCUCCAGAGGAGGGUGGACGAACUGAGUGCGGAGGCUGAGACACUGCGACAGAGACCCUGCCACAAGCACCAAGCCACUGGAGCAGGACUCCCACUUCACAAGCUCAACCAGAGACCAGCCAGCGACUCUCUCUAUCAGGAGAUGAAGGCAGAGGUGACUGAGGUCCCAGCAUCACGUCUCAUUCAAGACGCUGGGCAGAACCACACAGGCUGUGGUGAGCUGGUGUCUGUGGGAGAGCCCGUCCUGCACCGAAAGGCUGACAGCAUCACAGGGAAGUACGGGGUGUGGCUGCAGGACCCUGAGCCCAUGGCCUCUCCAUACGGAAACAAGACGGUGUGGCGCAUCGACACAGUGGGCACGGACGUCCGCCAGCUUUUCGCCUAUGAGGACAUGGAGCAGUUUGCCAAGGGCUUCCCCAUGAAGGUUAUGGUGCUGCCAGAGCCCGUGGAGAGCACAGGGGCCACCCUGUACCGCGGCUCCCUCUACUACCAGCGCCGACGCAGCCGCACCCUGCUCCGCUACGACCUUGCCUACGAGAGCCUGGCGGCACGCCUGGACCUCCCCCACGCUGGCUUCCACGGCCAGCACCCCUACUCCUGGGGCGGCUACACAGACAUUGACCUGGCGGUGGACGAGCAGGGCCUGUGGGCCAUCUACAGCACCAGCAAGGCCAAGGGAGCCAUCGUGGUGUCCCAGCUGGACUCUGAGAGCCUGGAGGUGAAGAGGAGCUGGGAGACCAACAUCAGGAAGAACACAGUGGCUAACUCCUUCAUGAUCUGCGGUCGGCUCUACACGGUGGCCAGCUACACCGCCCCAGACACCACCGUCAACCACGUGUUCGACACGGCCACCGGCCAGGGCCGAGGCAUGGCGGUGCCCUUUAAGAACCACUACCGCUACAACAGCAUGGUGGACUACAACCACGCCCAGAGGAAGCUCUACGCCUGGGACAACUUCCACAUGAUCACCUACAAUGUCAGCUUGGGGAGACCCAGCAGAAGCAGCCAAUAAGAGGAGGCUGGGGAUGAUGGACUGGUGGGGCGUGAACUCAUACGCUGUUACUAGAAUAUUAUCAACCAACAACAUUACUAACAGCUUUAUAAUCAGAUCACAGCGAGGCCUGUUGCUACUCUGUCUACUACAAUGCAUUUUUUUCUACAAAUGUAAAUAAGUGAAUGAAUGAAUGAAUCUUACAAUAAAAUGAAUGGCAGGAGAUUCACUAAGGUGGAACUCCAUGUAAACAGUCUGAGAUAUUGCUCUUCCUGUAUUAUAUACGAUGUAUUUUACUUAUUUUAAUAUAAAAAUGUACUGUACUGUCCAUGUUGAGUCUAAAUUCAAGUUGUAUCUUCACUAUUGUGUAUUAUA